AUGGCUGCUGUCGUUCCGAAGUAUUCCGUGAGGAGGGGAACCCGAGCUGAUAUAACCGCUAUUAAGAACUUAACAGACAUAGAGGAAUGGGAAAUUCCGACUGACCUCAUGUACUGUUCGUUUGACAUGGACUCUAGGGCCUGGUUUGUGGCGGAGUCCGACACGGGAGAAAUACUAGCUUGCCGUGUCUUGGUGUGUUAUACCGAGGAGACAGUAGCUGGCGGCAUUUAUAUUGUCAGGAAAGACCUCAGAGGCAAAGGAAUCGGACGCGAUGUGAACGUGCAGUCCCUCAAGGCAGUGGGUGACGCCAACAUCACCAUAUCGGCCACCUACGUUAACCUUUACGACACCAGUGGCUUCACUUUCUACUAUGACGUACACCAGAAACGAGGACCAGCGGAAGUAAUACUGGGAGCAAUUCCGGAAGCGGAAGUGAGUCCGGAUAUCAGAAUACUUCCAUACGAAAGUGCCAUGUUUAGUGAGCUGAAGGCAUACGACGAAACGUUAUGUGGAACCGAGAGGUGUUACUACAUCAAAAACUGGAUCAUCGGCCAUGCAAAAUAUAUUCUCAUUGCUCGCUCCAACACCGGACGUGUAUUAGGAUAUGGACGAUUGGCUGUGACAGAAUACGGCCAUGAGAUUGCACCGUUGUAUGCUGAUAGUGACAUCAUAGCGAUGACACUGUUGAAAAGAAUAUUGCAACAGCCAAUACUUGUCAUAAGAAGCGGCUACUUUUAUCAGCCCAAUGUAGGAGGUUACUCUCAACCCAAGUAUUUUCUCCUUCUGCUUGAAUAA